AUGGAUUCUACAACAGAAUAUCUUGUGGUGUCGUUGCCACAAUCGGUCAAUGCGCAUCCGUUUUUGGAGCGCACAUUGAACGGCGGCAAGCAGCCGCUUUUCCCCGUGUCGUUGCCCGACUUCCAAAUUAAAACCUUGGACUCGUUGGUGCAACUUUCCGAAGAACUUGCCAAGUUGGACACGACUUUGCAGGCGUCGGUGGCCAAAGUGGUUGAUGUCAUUCAGACGGUGGAGCCACGCAAGCUGUUUGGCGAAACCCGUGUGGUCAACUCGAAGCCAGCGUCUGCCUUUGUGGAGCACUUCACUUGGAACACCACCAAAUACCGUUUGGACAAGUCGAUCAAGGACUUGGCGCUGCUCAUUAGCGGCGACGCGCUUUCGUUGGACAACGAUGUCCGGCAAGCGUACCAGCAGUACCAGACUGCCAAGUCCAACUUCAUGGCCGCAGACCGCAAGAAGAACGGAGACUUGUCCAUCAAGUCCUUGCAUGAGAUUGUGCGGCCCGAGCACUUUGUGUUGGACUCGGAGCACUUGACCACGGUGUUGGUGGCUGUGCCCAAGUCCCUUGUGGGCGACUUUGACAAGAGCUACGAGAAGUUGACCGAGUUUGUCAUCCCCAGAAGCGCACAGGAGAUUGCUCGCGACAAUGAGUUUGUCUUGUAUGCCGUGAGCUUGUUCAAGAAGUACCAGCAAGAGUUUAUCACCGCGUGCAGAGAACAUAAGUGGCACCCGAGAACAGACUUUGUGUACUCGGAGGACAACUUGAACCAGAUGAGAAAGGAGUUCGACUUGACCAAGACCACUGAGUCCAAGGCCAAAAACGACUUGAUCUGGUUGUCUAAGACCGCGUACUCGGACAUUUUCUCUGCCUGGGUCCACAUCAAGGCUCUCCGUAUCUACGUCGAGUCCGUUUUGAGAUACGGCUUGCCUCCCCAGUUUGACACUUAUGCCAUCAAGUUUGAAGGAAGCAACCUCAACAACGUCAGCAAAGCGAAAAAGGAAUUGGUGGCCAAGUUCGGCUACUUGGGCGGCGAUGGCUUUUCGGAAAAGAACAAUUUGCAUGAGUAUGCCUCCUUGGUGGACUCAGACUAUGAGCCUUUUGUCUUGUACCUGUUGGAAAUUGUUUAG